AUGUCCUUCCAAUACAUACCUUUGCCUGGAGAUCAGGAAGGGAGCAUUCGGUUGGUACAUCUUCUACCUAAAAAUGAGCAUCCGAAAAGUUGUGAGGGCCCUGGGAGUAGCGGUGCUCUUGCGUCGCCACCGGCACGAGUGCAUUGCACCCUCUCCGUCGCCAAGUUGGAAGAGCCACCGCCAUAUGCUGCCUUGUCAUAUACAUGGGGGACCUCAGAUCGAAAAAGCACCAUUAUGGUCAAUGGAAUGCCAUUCUUGGCGACAGAAAAUUUAGAAAGUGCUCUCUAUCAUCUCACCCCACAGGGUCAACCCCUCGUUCUUUGGGUAGACGCGAUUUGCAUCGACCAGAACAGUGAAGGCGAACGUCCGCAACAGCUGCGCAAGAUGCGACAGAUUUAUAGCCGUGCUACAUCUGUCACGGCUUGGCUGGGUCCGCCUCGAGAUAAUAGUGAUAUCGCUCUGGGUUGGAUCCAGUAUUACGGGUCGUUAGCUGAUAGCCUUGGGAUCGGUACCAAGCCUGAUCUUAUGCUGCCCUCACUCUUGCAGUCACUCAGAGUGAGCCCGGGUAAAUUGCCUGAGAACAGCCGCCUGAAGACAUUUUUGAAAGAGAUCUCCAACGAGGUAGCAUUGGAUUCCGGCCAGGCAGAAAGCAUCAGGGUAUCUCUAGCGAAGCUAUUUGACCGGCCCUACUGGAACCGUGUUUGGGCUGUUCAGGAGAUGGCCCAUGCAAAGUCUGUUCGGUUUGCUUGUGGUGAUAAGUCUGUGUCUGUGGAUGCCCUCCAUCAUGCGCUUAGACUCAUGAGAAAUCUGAGGCAGUUCCAAAAACUAAGGCAGGGUUGCUAUGUACAGCAAGCCACAGUCAAGUCCAUAGGAUUUCCAACCAAUACACGAAAUGCCACCAGUCUCUUGAAGGUUCAGAGAGCUACCGAGCCCCUUCCUCUCAUCUAUCUUCUCCGGACAUUCCGGUUCUUCAAAGCCAGUGAUCCGCGCGACCGACUGCUAGCACUUCUGGGAUUCGCUUCGGAUGCUGAUAUUUUGGGGCUUUCCUCUGACUUCCGGGACAAGUCCUAUGAGGAAUUAUACUGCGACGUCAUUGUUGGUCUCAUAACGAAUGGAUUCUUUGAUGUGCUCUCACUUUGCGACCCUGACAUAAGGAUCCCGGGAUACCCAUCGUGGACACCGGAUUUUACUAGGUUGCGAGCCCGGGUUCCUUUGCAGCAGAGAGUUUUGGAUCGGAAUAGCUCCCCUGUCAAGACCAGUCUGCGACCAACGUUCUCAGCUUCAGGGAAAAGAAAGCUAGGAAGCAAGAGCUGUCCACCGCCUAGGUCUUCAGGUUCACACCUCGUACUUCAUGCAAAACUGAUCGAUGUCGUAGAUCAUAUGGGAACGCAAUGGAAGGCGGGACAUUCACGUCGGUGGCUUGAGGAGCUUAGGCAGUUUUCGUUCCCUGAUGGUGCGAACUCUCUCGAGCCUCUCCCUCGUGCAUGCUUACAGGCCGUUCUACACACGGCAGUUGCUGAUCAAGAGGGGUGGCGCGCAGCCAUUAAGCCUAGAUUGAGUGAUUCGAUGGUAGCGAAAGUUCAAGAAGCACUGGAGAGAUCAAAGUUAUCCGAAGAUACCGCAAGCCUCACUUUAUUCGGCGUGGAUGACUAUAUGGACCAGUUACAAGACAUUGCCAAACACAGGUGCCCAUUUAGAACAUCUACGGGUCGGAUUGGAAUUGGCCCGCACCAGAUGAAGCCUGGUGACCGGAUCUAUGUGCUUGAGGGGGCGCCUGUUCCCUACGCUAUGCGCGAGGGGACAGAUCGAAAGUUGAGGCUCCUUGGGGAGGUGUAUUUGCAUGGGAUUAUGGAUGGCGAGGCGCUUGAUAAUGUUAAGACACUGGAUAAGAUUAAGUUAUAUUAA